UGCGGCGCCGCACGCUGUUUGAGCUGCUGUUCUGUCAAGCAGCGUAACGCACGGAGCAGCUCUCCGUACUCUGCAGAGUGGGAACGUGGGAGGGACGGACUGAUGGAAGCCCCGCUCCUCACUCAGCUUCCAUUGCACUUGUGAAUACUAAGUUUCUAUCAACCACAUUUUAGGCCUCGAUCUCACUGACUGUCACCGACCAUGAGCGGGGGGGUGAACGUCAAAGUCAUACCUCAGAGUCAGAGCGACGCAGGCGUCGGCUCGAGUCUGCCUCUACCCCGAAGCAUGGUGCCGCUUUCCAAGGUGGAUGCCAAACAGCAAUACGGCGCCGCCCCCGAUCCGACGGGACAGCGUCAACAUGCAGCCGGACGACAGGCGCCUUCCUUCUCCUCCUCUCCCGUGUCCUCGGGUCCCGCAGAGCUGCUGAGAGGUGCCGCGUUAAAGAACCACCUGCUGCAGCAGAAGACCGCCUUGUACUCCCCCAGAGGCCCGGCGGCUACGGAGCGGACUGAUGGAACCUGCUCGGCCUACAGCAGCCCCCGGAUACCAAAGAGGGAGGUCAGACGCUCCAAGGACACGCUGGACCUCCGGGCCGGCACGCUGAGCCAGGCGGCUGUGCGAGACCUCCAGUUGAGACGGACCACCAACAAGAACUGGACCUUUGGAAAAUACCGCCUGAAGAGUGUGGACAACGCAGCCGAGGGGGACGCCUUGUGUCGGCUCUCUGCUAGUGUGUCCCAGCCGGGACACGGAAGAGGACGUCUCUUUUGUACCAAAGGUGCAAAUGGAAACGAGCUACCCGGUGUGUCGACCUCUGAGAUGGGCGAUAUCCAAAAAGAGGUGAGGAACAGUUCCUACCAGCACCUGGGAGCUUCAGAAAGAGGCGUGUCCAGCAGAAAACCAAAAUCUUCUUAUCACACAUUCAACAUUCCACGCCGAGGGAGUGAGCCAGGACAAGUCAACGCGGCCGCCGUCGCUUCCUUCCGGUUCAGGUUUCAGGUCCAUGAGGACGCCGACCCCGCCCUGGAUGACCUCAGUGACUGUUCCUCGGACUCCAUGGAGGUCUGCUGCGACGAGUUCGGAGGCAUGCUGGGAAAUAGUGCGAAAGGCAGAGAAGGAGAUUUGAGGAUGGAAAGGACGGAUAGCACAAAGGCAUACGGCCAAGCAGAUGGCAAAGGAGUUGGUAUGGCGGCGAAGAGGGCAAAGCCCGGUGUCCCCCAGGGCACACCGAGGGGUGAACUGAAGGUUUACCGGGCGGGCAGCUCCGAUGGCAGGCUGCCGGUCUCCUCCAAUCUCCGCAAGCAGAGGUCCAUGACAAACCUGGCUGUGCUCACCGACGCUGAGAAGAAGUUGCACCUCUACGAGCCCAAGUGGUGUGAUGACAUGGCCAGGCCCGGGGCAGGGCAGACCAAGACGGGCAAGCCAAAGGCGGCCGGGGUCGGCAGCAGCGCCGGAGGGGGUGCCGCUCUUUCUCGAAACCUGUCCAAGUCGGAGCACUCGCUGUUCCAGGGCAAACCCAAGCCCUUCAGCCCCCUGGCUGCUCCAUCUGCUCUGAGCAAGCAGAGCCGCAUACCUCGUGCUCCUUACGCCGAGGUGAAGCCCCUGAGCAAGGCGCCCGAGGACGGGAAGUCCGAUGACGAGAUCCUCUCCAGCAAGGCCAAGGCCAACGCCAAGAAGCAGGGAGCCGGGGCCGGGGGGGAGUCCGGCUCCAAAGGCCAAGGGGAGGAAGGGGGAGACAAGCCCUUCCUGAAGGUGGACCCAGAACUGGUGGUGACUGUGCUGGGCGACCUGGAGCAGCUGCUCUUCAGCCAGAUGUUGGACCCUGAGUCCCAGAGGAAGCGCACCGUGCAGAAUGUCCUUGACCUCCGCCAGAAUUUGGAGGAUACAAUGUCCAGUCUGCGAGGCUCUCAGCUCAGUCAUAGCUGCGUGGACAGCAGCAACGUGGGCUACGACAGCGACGACACCAACGCCCGCAGCGUGUCCAGCCUGUCCAACCGCUCCUCGCCGCUGUCCUGGCGCCACGGCCAGUCCAGCCCUCGGCUCCAGGCGGGCGACGCCCCGUCCUCCACGGGCGCCGGCUACAAGGGGAGCAAGGCCGCAGGGUCGCAGUACGCGGCCCAAACGAUGCCGGCCCGCUGCUCCGGCCGCCUCAGCAGCACGUCUCGCAUCGAGCUCAUCGAAGGGCUGGACGACGGCGACCUCAAGUCCGGUUACCUGAGCGACAGCGACCUUCUCGGGAAGAGCCUGCCGGAAGACGACGACGACAACCUGGCCAACGGGUGGGAUGAGAGCAGCUCCAUCAGCAGCGGGCUCAGCGACGGCGAAGGAGAUGGCUCGGAGAACCUCAGUUCAGAGGAGUUCAACGUCAGCUCCUCCCUCAACUCCCUCCCGAGCACGCCGCUGGGAUCCAGACGCAGCUCCUCUGUUAUGCUCCGCACCGACGCAGAGAAGCGCUGCCUGGUGGAGAGCGGCCUUUCGUGGUACAGCGAGGACGGCAAAGCCGCCAACAAGCUCGACGGCUGCAGCUAUGACACGGGGAGUCUCAAGGCCGAGGCCCCCCCGAGCAAGUGGAGGAAGAAGCCCCCGGGCCUCGGUGAAGAGUCCGCGUGUAAAGGGGAACCGAGGAAGCCUCAAAGCUUGGGUCAUCCGGGUAGUUUCAAGAAGGGCCGCAACCCCCCCGUAGGAGUGACCUCCCCCAUCACCCAUACCUCUCAGAGCACGUUGAAAGUGGCGGCACCUAAAAGUGAGAAGCCAAUGGAUAAAUCCAGGAUUUCCCUCAAAACCGCUGGUCUGCAGCGCUCGCGUUCCGAUGCCGGAAGGGACCAUCACGGAGAGCACCGCAAGCCCCCGUCAGGAUUAGUCAAACCCACAGCAGGAGCCUCCUUUGGCUACAAGAAGCCACCGUCAGCCACCGGCACCGCCGCCGUGAUGACAGCAGGGGGCGCCGCCAUCUCCAGUGGCUCCGCUACUGUGGGGAAAACCCCCAGGUCGUCUGGCAUCCCCAUGAAGCCCGUGGGAGGAGGGGGGGCGCCCUCGGGCCGAAAGAACAGCUUCGACGCCAGCAGCGAGCAGAGCUUCCUGGCGCCAAACGCCCGAAACAGCAUCCAGUACCGCAGCCUGCCUCGGCCGGCCAAGUCCAGCACGCUCAGCGUGAUCGGCCGCUCCGCGCCUCGGCCCGUCAGCGGCGUCAUUGACCCCGGCCUGUUGACUCUGAAACCCGUGGCCAUGUCCUCCACGGGCCCCAGGGCGAAAGAGCUCGGUAGCUGCGGCGGCAAGAUGUCCAAUCGAACAGGCGCAGGCCCAGUGAACAUGACGGACCGGGAGAAGGAGAAGGAGAGAGCCAAGGCCAAGGCUGACCUAGACUGUGGUUCCUUGAAAAGAGAGACGCCGUCCACCGGGGAGGCCACUCUGAAGCUGCACGGCCUGAGACGGACCAGCAGCGGCAAAUACCCGGAACUGUCCUCGCCCACCACACCAAGAUUGCUGAACACUAAGUCCCUGGGUCGUCCCCCCAGCCUGGCUCACCUGGACAAGGUCAACUCCAACAGUUACGAUUCGUGCGUGACCCUCCAGGACCUCCCGCCCAAAGUCCCCCCUUACUCCAAGCUGCAGGACUUGGCUGGUUCCCACACCUCGCCCCGCCUCACCCCGAGCCCGGCGCCCGUGCUCCACAUCGAUUCCCCCGGCUCCUACACCAGCGAAAGCCUGAGUCUCAGCGCGUCGCCCUUGCUCUACCCCAAGCUGUCCGGCAUGCACCGCAGCAUGGAGUCCCUGCCGCUCCAGAUGAGCGUGCCUUCCAGUGCCAGGUUUGUCAGGACUGAGAUGCAUGACAAGGACGAGAGGGGCGCGGGAACCUGGGGAGCCGGCAGCAGGACGUCCCUCAACCUGACGGAUAGCUUGCAAACAGACAGAAAUACCGUACCGAAGAAAGGCUUAGAACGCUACAGCUCAAGCCUGUCAGAGAGUGACGGCAAACCGGGGCGACGCCACUCCCACAACAUAGUGAGCAUGGCUGAGAGCGAUACCCCCCCCCAGCUGCCUUCUCCCACCCGCCCGCUCCUCCUCCCUUCCUCUGGCAAGGCCCCUCUCACCAACGUGGUUGCCCCAAUUUCUACUGGCACCCCGAGGAUAUCGCGUUCCAACAACAUCGGCCCGCCCAGUGAGUCGGCCUGCGAUCUCUACGGAUCCUCCCCCCUGGGCAGCAGUAUGUCCCUGGCCGACCGGCCAAAGAGCCUGAUGCGCUGCGGGUCCUUCCGGGAACAGGGGAUGAUUCAAAUCCCUCCUCUGCCUGUUUCAGUGCAUGGCUCCGUGCUCUCUUUGGUGUCCAAUGCUUCAUCCAACCAUUCCUCGAAUGAGGAGAGGAUACAAGGAGAGCAAAUCCGCAAGUUGAGGCGAGAGCUGGAGUCUUCCCAGGAAAAGGUUGCCGACUUGACCAUGCAGCUCAGUGCCAACCUGGGCCAGGCUAAUCUGGUAGCAGCGUUUGAACAGAGUUUGGCGCUGAUGACGGCACGUCUGGAGACCCUGUCGGUCUGCUCGGAUCAAAAGGACUCUGAGCUCACCGAGCUGAAGGAUACCAUCGAGGUCCUGAGGGUCAAAAACACAGAGGCCCAAGAAAUCAUUCACGGGGCCCUCGCCGCCCCGGAAAUGGAACCUCCAGCACCGCAGAUCAAUCGGCAGAACUCGUCUGAAAGCAUCUCCAGCCUCACCAGCAACACCAGCCACUCGAGUAUGGGCAGCCUGAAGGAGCAGGAGGCCAAGAAGAAGAAGAAGAAGAGCUGGUUACGCAGCUCCUUCAACAAGGCCUUCAGUAAGAAGGGCUCCAAGCAGUCUGGGCCGUAUGCUGACAUUGAGGAAAUAUCCACGCCAGAAUCCUCUGCACCGUCCUCCCCUAAAGUCCACCACGUCGGGAACAACCGCCCACUGUCGAUGAAGUCCUCGACCUCAUCCUCCGGACUGUGUGACGGACUGGAGGUGGGGGACGAUAAGGUGGUAACAGAACUGCGCUCAGAGCUUUGGGAGAAGGAGCGCAAACUGACCGACGUGCGCCUGGAGGCUCUGAGCUCCGCCCAUCAGCUGGAGCAGCUGCAGGACGCCAUGACCAACAUGCAGUCGACGGUGGAGAACCUGAAGGCCGAGAACGACCAUCUGAAGAUAGGCGGCCUGUCCCCGUGUCCGUCCCCUGGACCCUCCAGCUCCGCGUCCCAGUCCUCAGGCCUGACCGCUCUGGGAAGCUCAUCGCCUCGGCAGUCCGUAGCGAUGCCCAAGAGCUACAGCAGAGGGCCGAGUGAGGGGAGCAGCUCCGCAGACGUCUUCUUUGCCGACUCUCUCAGUCUUUCCUCCCAGAGGGACGAGCACCGUGUUCGGGUGGUGAUUUGCGUCGCGGAUUUACACGUCUUCAAAGACGAGGUCAAACAGAAGGAUUUCUUCGUCGGCACCGUCAGGGUGAACGGCAGGAUGGACUGGCCCAUGCUGGACUCUGCAGUCAGCCAAGCUUUCAAGGUGUACAUCGCCAAGGUGGACCCCACGUCAAGUCUGGGCCUGUCCACAGAGUCCAUCUACAGCUACAGUAUGGGCCACAUCAAGAGAGUGCUGGGAGGAGAAUCUCCGGAGACGCAGCCGUCUCGCUGCAUGUCCCGAGGCCCCAGUAGCAUCACAGUGGCCCUCAAAGGUUUGAAGGAGAAGUGUGUGGACAGCCUGGUAUUCGAAACGCUCAUUCCUAAACCCAUGAUGCAACACUACAUCAGUUUGCUGCUCAAACACCGCCGGCUCAUCCUGUCCGGACCGAGCGGAACGGGGAAGAGCUACCUCGCUUCCCGGCUGGCCGAGUACCUGGUGGACCGAAGCGCCCGCGAGGUCACCGACGGCAUCGUGGUCACUUUCAACAUGCACCGCCAGUCAUGCAAGGAUCUGCAGCUUUAUCUUUCCAACCUGGCCAAUCAAAUCGAUCGGGAAAGCAGCACGUCGGAAAUACCGCUUGUCGUUAUUCUGGAUGAUAUUCACGGGCCUGCUUCCAUCAGCGAACUGGUCAAUGGUGCUCUCACGUGCAAAUAUCACAAAUGUCCUUACAUCAUUGGGACGAGCAAUCAGCCUGUGAAGAUGAUCGCGAACCACGGCCUCCAUCUCAGCUUCAGAAUGGUGACCUUCUCCAACAAUGUGGAGCCGGCCAACGGCUUCCUGGUGCGGUACCUGCACAGGAAGCUGAUGGAGUCGGAGGACGAGAGAAGCCUGACCAACGAGGACCUGAUCAGGGUGCUGGACUGGGUGCCCAAACUGUGGUAUCAUCUGCAUGCCUUCCUGGAGAAGCACAGCACGUCGGACUUCCUCAUCGGCCCCUGCUUUUUCCUGUCCUGUCCAGUCACGGUGGACGAGUUUCGAUCGUGGUUCAUUGACCUUUGGAACCACUCUAUCAUUCCUUACCUGCAAGAGGGGGCCAAGGACGGCAUCAAGGUCCACGGCCAGAAGGCGGUGUGGGAGGACCCGGUGGAGUGGGUGCGGGGCACCCUGCCCUGGCCUUCUGCCCAGCAGGACCAGGCAAAGCUGUUCCACUUGCCUCCCCCCAGCAUUGGCUCCAGCAGCCCCGGUCAACUCUGCGAUGAGAGGCCCCACAAGGAGACGCCACCCAGCUCCAUGGAUUCUGAUCCUCUGAUGGCGAUGCUUUUGAAACUUCAAGAGGCUGCAAAUUACAUUGAAUCCCCGGACAAAGAGGAGCCUGGCCUGCCUAAUCUUUGAACACAAAGCUCACAACUAACAGUUAGCACUUCAACCUUCGUGUUUUGUGUCCGUUGUGAUGAUGCGGUACUCGUUCAGGAACAAGUUACCCAAAAAGAAUUUAAUAUUUGGUGAUUUCAACCUCACGUAGUAAGUUAGGAGUAAAACUAGAUCAUACAUACGAACAUGCAGUAUUUCCAAAAAAUCUGUAUUUUCAAAAGACUAUAAUCUCUUACUUUACUAUAUAUUUGACUGGAUGACAUUCACUCUGGUUCAGAUUGUUUUACCACCACGUUGGCGAUCACGGUCGUCUCAGAUUGGUGCUAAAAGAUCACAAAGAGUCGUCUCAGCACCUCAGACUUCAGGUGACUUCCACAGCACGCGUGCAUCAUGGGAUAUGGAGCGCUUACCAACAUCAGCUGUUUUUGAUGAACUCAUUUUGGAAAAAAGUAUGACAGCACUGCCGAUGCUACUAUUUAUGGUUCUUUGGUACAUAUCUACUGUACACGUCUUUCAAGGCCACAUCUUAUACUUAUGCAAGCCUGAACUUUACAACCCGAGCAGGUGAAACAUAAAAUGCCUUAAGAACAGACGUAAAUGUCACCUCAACUUCAGCAGGGAAUACUGGUGCUCUUAUCACUAUCCCCCCCAGCUGUGGCUGUCAGGAGUCAGUUAUUUUUUCAUUUCUCUGCAUUAUUUAUUCAGAUUCAUAAUCUUUUUUGUUUUUACAAUAUAAAAAAAAUGCUAUGAUCAAUUCUCAGUGUAUUUUUUCACAUAAGUCCUUGUUACGCUUAGUAUGGUUUAAUAAGUAAAAAAAGGUUUAACUUGCUGUCAUACUCUUUUGCAUAAAACAAAACCUAUUUAUUAGUGAUGUGAGUUCAUCACUCUGUUGCUGUACAGCUCCAUAUUUUACAAGUACUUUGUGUACUUUUAUGAACUGCUUUAUGUUCAUCAAGUGUCACUAAUGUUGCCGUAUAUAUCAGGUAUUAAAAACGUAUUACACAGGGACAAUAAAGCAUAACAAACACCAUCUAGACAGAUCAAGCAGAGGCUAUUUGAAUCCUAUUCAGAUUUUUUUUCUACAUAUUUACCUAGGAAAGUGUAGCUUUCCCCCCAGAUUCAGCGUAGCUACUGUAUAUAUUAUGUAAAUGCAAUCAGGCUACAUCAGUUAUUUCAUCAAUAUUAGUUGGUGCAAAUAUCUAAUAUAAUAAACCAAAUACUGUACUUUAAUCAAGCAUAUUGACAUGUCAUGUUAGAGGUUUAAGUUCAACAAUGAAUGUAUAGAAGAACAACCAUUUAACAGUACAAAUCAUUUAGUUGGUGCAUUUAAAGAAGUCCUUGAUCACAAAGCUCGGAUGCAUAACACUUUAAGUCUUACUUUAAAGCUAUCUACUGUACGUACGCCCAUUCUUAUAUACAACACUUCAGCAACAGACUAAAACAGAGAAAGGUCUCAUUCUCAUCCUUAUUAUCAUCAUUUAGGUGCUUCUGGUGCUCCGGUGCUGAUUAAAGAUCACAUAGCCUUUCAGGUUAGAGUGUUGCGUCAUACAGUAGAACCUUCUGAAGCUAAAGUAAUGUGAACUGGAUCUGGAUGCUAUUUUGCAGUGUAGUCAUGUCAACCAUUGGAUGGGCCGUGAUAACAUACGGUAGUCAUAUUCCAGUACAAGACUCAACACUUUGGGUACAAGACUGUAACAACGUUUUCAUGGAGAGAGGUUUGUUUUCCGAAGAAUGAUUAAAAAGCAAAAGAUGUAAACACCUUUUUGUGUAGAUUUUUGUAAAGACGGCCGAAUGGAGUAAGUGGCAUGUGGUCAAAAAAAACAACAAUCUGUCCUUCCCAAACUGUGUCAUUGUUUAGGUACUCAGACAACACGUCACAUGUACAUGAACCAUGCAAUGAAUGUCACACCACUUUUUGUGAUACGAAAGUCCAAUUUGAAACGCCGAGCUGCUAGUUGCUUCGUUACUGCACUGUUUUCCUGAGGCUGACAACAACACUUCAAGCUUAUCUGCAGCUCUGAUUGGGCAUCUGUUUACUACAACAACAACAACAACAAAAAAGAAGAUUCAAAGACCUCGAAGAGCAAAAAGAUUCCAAAUGGCCUAUGACUGUCACGCCGGUCACAUGCCAACGGAGAAUAACGUCAGUUAUUGUAAAUAUUUCAGGUAUUGGACUACCAACCCUGGUCUGUCUCUGCAGGUUAACUAAAGCCAUCAGCUCGAGCUCCUCAUCUCAUUCACUGGUCGUCGUGCCUGUUGCUCUGUAGUAGCUGUGAUUUGUGUUUGCUUACUAGUGAAUCGGGACUAUGCAGCAACUUCUACUGGUGUCGGCACGCAUAAAAUGCCUGAUUGUCGUGAGCAAACGCAGCGUGUUUUCAACUGGUCUGUCUUCGACUUCUUGAUUUGGCCUAAAUUGCACUUACAGGACAAAAGUGUGUGUGCUUGUUUUUUUUUCGCAGGUGGUACUGAGCCUUGAAGAGAGGAGGCUUUGUUUGCCGUCGGGUUACAAACAGGGUUUAUCGAUGUUGUUAGAAAGACGACGUAGUGAGAAAUGAAGCAGUUCGGAAGAAUCAGCACGUCAUCGGUGAACUCCACGUCGAAUCGAAGCAGAUAACGAGAUUAAGCUGAUCUCUUUAGGCCAAUACAGGUUGCUGAAUAGUCAUAUUUCUGAGAACCUUGUUGUGGACAAUACUGAGAUUUCAAAAAAAUGUUAUGCGGUAUAUAAUGUCACUGACGUACAAAUGUUAAGGGUUUCUAAGUGUUGUGAAUGCAUGUAAAAUUGCUGUGUGACCAGACGGAAAAAAAAGGUUAACAAUAGUGUAUUGUUUAGGAAAAUCAUUCCAGAUGAUGUUUUCCUUUUUAAUACUCAAAAUAUUUGAUAUUUCAUUUCUGUCUUUUCUAAAGAAACCUUUGUAAAACUUAAUUUCUCUAUUUUGUACAGGACAUCAUUGUAAAGGUUGUAAAUAGGUCAGCAUUCUGGAUGCGGCAACAAUCAUUAAGGAGGGGAAACCAAGAAAUCAUCCUUGACAGAAAAAGGAUAUUUCUUCAGAGUUGGGUCCAGUUUAUGGAUAAGGCAUGUUUCUGAAGGCUUUCAUCCACCUAUCACUGGUUGUUGGAAUCAAUAAAAUACAUGUUAUAUUUA